UACCCACUUGACAUGCCGUAUGUCUGCUUCGUUUUCUCUUGGUUUGGAGAGUGGGAGGCAUGAACAAGGAGGCGGAGAUGGAAACGGGGAAGAUAGUGAUCGAGAAAGUGAGGGGCAAGUCGACGGUCACCAGUUCAUUCUCCAAAUACCCACUCAAGUUCAUCAUCCCUCGCAAGGUGGGUCCUUCGCGAGUCGAUGCCAUUUGGAUCUAUGCUCUCACCUAUGGCGGCGGCAUCGUCUCCGGAGAUGCUAUUUCUUUUAAGCUUGAGAUUGGAGAUGGUUGCACAGCUGUCUUAACAACUCAAUCUUCCACUAAGGUUUAUAAGUCUCUGGGAUCAAAAUGCUCUGAACAGUACCUUGAGGCAGACAUCGGGAGUGGCUCCAUGUUGGUCCUUAUUCCAGAUCCAGUGACUUGUUUUUCCACUGCGAGGUACUUCCAAAAGCAGGUUUUUAGGGUGCGUUCGGAUUCAAAUUUGGUCCUAGUUGACUGGAUUACAAGCGGACGGCAUGAAAGUGGAGAAAAAUGGGAUUUUGCGCUUUAUAAGAGCACCAACAACAUUUUCUUAGAGGGUGAUGAGCCUUUAUUUCUCGAUACGGUAUUGCUAGAGCAUGGAAGUAUUGUUCCUCUCGCAGAGCGCAUGCAGGAUUAUCAAGUCAUUGCAAUGGUUGUACUUUUAGGGCCUUUGUUGAGGCAUAUUCAAGGCCAAAUUCAAGAAGAUGUGAAGAGGAUGAUGGCUGAGCAACUACAAGGUUCUCCUGCUCGAUGGGAUCGCAAGAUGACAUCCAAUAUGCAUGAUUUUGCCACUAAACCAUCCUUAAUAGUGUCUUGCAGUGCCUUUGGCCAUAAGUUUGUACAGGGAGGAGGUAUCAUUGUUCGAGUAGCUUCCAUGACAACCGAAUCAGUAUAUCAAUUCCUGAAGCAUCAACUAGCUGGCUUGGAGGCAUUGCUGGGGGUUUUGCCUUAUUCUUGAAGAACGGCGGGUAACAGGAGCUCUCACCCAGCCUUUUUGGGUCCACACGAUAAGUUGUCAGAAAGGUUGACCGACGUUCUUGACUUAGGUAUGUGUUAAAAUGGUUGCUGUCUUGGUGAUAGAGGCUGUGACUGUUGUCGUACUUGUAUAUCGUCCCAGCUCCAUUGAAAUUGUGUUUCAAGAGUUCAAAAUUUGCUAAUUUUUCCGAGUUCAAGUCUUUGAUACAUGUCAUCAAUCGUCAUUGCUGAA